AUGAGCGACAACGAAAAGGCGGACGCCCCCUCCGUGUUGGGGCAAGGCACACAGGUAGCUGUACAUGACCCGGAUGCGCACCUUAGUGAAGAAGAAAGACUAGAGGUGCUCUGCGUGCUCUACCUACUGGCGUUCCUUGACAGAACGAACAUCGGAAACGCAAAGAUUGCUGGCUUGAACAAUGCCUUGGGGUUAAGUCGGUCCCAGUACAACUCGUCGCUUACGAUAUUCUUCGUUUCAUACGCGGUGUUCGAGCCCUUAACAAACAUCCUCCUCAAAAAGCUUCGUCCUUCCAUUUUCAUCCCGAUCAUCAUGAUUCUCUGGGGCGCGACCAUGACCGGCAUGGGAUUUGUGUACAACUGGAGCGGCCUGAUGGCUGCUCGAUGGUUUUUGGGACUCACGGAAGCAGGGCUGUUCCCAGGCGUCAACUACUACCUGUCAUGCUGGUAUAAGCGAUCGGAGUUCGGCAUCCGUGCUGCUAUCUUCUUCUCUGCAGCAGCCAUCUCAGGUUCCUUUGGCGGCGCCCUAGCCGCAGCAAUUGAGCAGAUGGCUGGGGUCGGCGGCCGCCCUGGCUGGGCGUGGAUCUUCAUCCUUGAGGGUCUCCUCACAGUAUUAUUCGGCAUUGCGUCUUUCUGGAUGGUCCACGACUUCCCUGACGAGGCCAAGUUCCUCUCCGAAGACGAUCGUGCCCGCGUCAUACGCCGCCUCAAGAUGGACCAACAAGCCUCAGCCGACCACGAAGAGUUCAAAAUGACAUUCUUCUGGCAAGCCGCGAAGGACUGGAAGAUGUGGCUAGGCAUGGCCAUCUACAUGGGCUGUGACAUGCCGCUAUACGCUUUCAGCUUGUUCCUGCCCACCAUUGUCAACGAGCUCGGAUGGAAUACCAGCGUUGUCCGGUCGCAGCUGAUGACUGUGCCUCCCUACGCUGCAGCCGCGAUAUUCACUGUCUUCAUUGGUUGGGUGGCAGACAAGACUCAACAGCGCGGCCUUUGCAACAUCUUUGUCAGCUUGAUUGGCAUCGUGGGCUUCAGCAUGCUCAUUGCCACCGAGAAUCCCCAAGUCAAAUACGCCGGUACGUUUCUGGGAGCCCUCGGCAUCUACCCAUGCAUCAGCAACACGAUCACCUGGGUCGCGAACAAUGUCGAGGGGGUUUACAAGCGAGGUGUGGUUUUGGGUUUCGUUAUCGGAUGGGGCAACCUCAACGGCAUCGUCAGCUCAAACAUCUACUUCCGCGAGCCCCGCUUCUUUGAGGGCCACGGCGUCGUACUCGCUUACAUGGCCAUCUUUUUGUGCCUCGGCAGCGUGCUAAUGACAACGUUACUGAGGAUCGAGAACCAAAAGAGGAGGCAGGGUAAGAGAGACCAUUGGACUGAAAACAGAUCGGAGAAGGAAAUUGAGGCAUUGGGGGACAAGAGACCUAAUUUCUUGUACACCCUAUAG